UCAAAAUUCCAAACACCCCUUCAAAUUCCAAGUUAAGUGAACAAAUAAGGUAAACUACUUAAAGGGAAUCGAUUCUCUAAAACGUGUCAAACAUAAUAACCACUAACCACUUCAUAACUAUUGAUACUAGAAACUUAUUUGGCUACUAUAUAACAAAGUGAAAAUUAAAAUCCUCAUUAGAUUUUUUGUCUUAAAAAAAACUCUAAUGUUGCUUUCUUUCCUUGUACAUGUGUGCACAAUCUUCUCCAACAAUUUCGGUAUUUUUGUCCAAAAACAAAUUAUUAUGCCUCAAAAAUCUCUACAAGUAAGAGGAGGAAGAGUCCACUUUUCCACUAUGAAUGUUUAAUUUGAUAUUGAAAUUUUUUUCAAGACCCACUUUUUCUUCUCUUCAUACUCUUAACUUGGUUUUGGAAAUUUCGUGGACAUAAAAACAAAACCUUUUCAAAGGUUGGUUUGGAUUGAAUAAGGUAACAAUACCCUUAUUUGUACUUCAAAAAAAAACAUUGGUUUCAUCAAUAUAUUAUGUUUUUUUGUGAAUGAUUUUGUUCUCGAAAACAUGUCUUUGCCUUUUGGUUCUAUGAGAGUUUUCAUCAGCAAUUAUGUGUUCCAUUCGUUUGGAUUCAUACUCAGAUACUUCUUCAGAUUUCUUCAUUUAGGAGAUACCAAAAAAGAGAUCAAUAUUCAACAAUCACAACAACUAAAUGAUGGAAACUUUCAUGAUUCUAAGAUGGAUGGUUUCUCAGAAGAGCUUGCUAAUUUCCUUUUUUGGAGUGAAGAAUUUCAUGAAAGAGAAACAGAGUACUCUGUUUUCAUGGAUACCAUUCAUGAAGCAAAAACAGAGUGCUCUGUUUUAAAGGAAAAUCAUUCUGAUUUUCAUGAAGAAAGUGUGAAAACAGAAGUGCUUAGCAAAAACACUGUUUCAAAAGAGAUUGAAUCUCACAUCCAAUUGCAUGUAGAUGAUUUUGAUAGAGAAAAAGAAGAUGGUUUGGUUUUUGUGGAGAGUGAGUGUGCUAAUUUUGUUGUACAUGAAGAUAGUAACGAAAAUGAAGGCGAAGAAGGAGAAGAUUUUGUUAUUAUGGAGACUGAUCCAAAUGUUUAUGAAACUGAAACAAAGAAAUUUGUUUUAAUGGAUAAUAGUUAUGAUCUAUGUAAUGAUAAUAAGAAGAUAGAAGAAGAAAUUGGAGAAAUUUCUAUUGAUAAAAAUGAAACAGAGUGUUCUGUUUUCAUGGAGAAUGUUUCUGUUGCAAAUGAAGAUGACAAGAACUUAGUUGAAAAUGAAAUAAGUGGUUCUUUUUAUAAGGAUGAAGGGUGUAAUAUUCAUGAUGUUAGUAAGAAAAUUGAUAAAUUUCAAAAAGAAAACUAUGUUUUCGGUGAAGAUGGAUUCGAUCGCCAUGAUGAUAGUAAAAGAGAAGAAGAAACAGAACAAGAAACAGGGGACUCUGUUUUUAUGCAGAGUGACACUAUAACAACAACAACAAGUAAGUGUGAAUUCUUUUCAGGAAAAGAUAUAAGUUGUUUCAUGGAAGAACCAACAAAAUUUAGAUUCAGUUUUCGAGAAUUCUACGCGAGUCCCGACGUUUCAUACAACGAGUUUUCGAGUCUUGAUUUAAAGAAAGACAUUGUACAUGAAGAAGAAAAAGAGGAAUCAAUUCAUGAAACCGAUGAUAGUCCUAUUCGGUUCGAGAGCGAGGCGUUUGGUGGAACUGAUUCAUCGGAAGAAGAUUAUUUCCUUUUCAAUGAAAAUUCAGUGACAUCUGAUCCUGAGUCAGAAUCAUCUAGCUCAAGUGGUUUAAUCUUGAGCAACAUCAACAAAAUUGAUGAUUCAUUUUCCUAUCAUUUUCUUGGUGGUAAAAAUGGAAGUGAAGGAUUUGAGUCUGAGAUUCUAAAUUUGAUUACAAGAGAGGAAAAACAAUCUUCAUUUGAUGAUAAAGUUUCAAACUUUGAAGUUCAUGAGGCUUAUUCUGAAAAUGAGUAUAUAGAAAUGGAACCUAAGAUGAAGAAAAAUGAAGAAACUAAGUGGGAAGAUGAAUUGAAUGAAUCAGAAUCUGAUGAAGAUGAUUUUGAAUGGGAGCAUGAUGAUUUAGUUGAACAGUUGAAGUUAGAAUUGAAAAAUUCAAGGCAAGGAGGACUUGCAACAAUCAUAGAAGAAGUUGAAGAAGAUUUUGAAGAGAAUGAGGAGGUAAAAGAACAAGAACAAGAAAACGAAUUUACAAAAGUUGUUGAAGAAUUUGAAAAUCAUUUGAAAAUUGAAGAGAAGGUAGAAUACAUGGAUCAAAUGGAUGAAAUUGAAAUAGUUUACAAGAGCUAUGCUGAGAAAAUGAGGAAACUUGAUAUCUUGAAUUACCAAACCAUGCAUGCAUUAGGUCUUCUUCAACUAAAAGACCCUCUAAAAUUAAUUUCAAUACCAAAAUCCACCAUCUUAAAUGCAAAGAAUGGAAUAAUCUCUCACACAAAUUUGUGGCCAAGAAAACCAACAAAGAUCACAUCUGACCCAUUUCAUAAAAUUGUUGAUGAACUUCAUAGAGAUUUGGAAUUGGUAUAUGUUGGACAAAUUUGUCUCUCAUGGGAAAUUCUAUGUUGGCAACACAUGAAAGCCAUUGAGUUACAAGAAUAUGAUUCACAAGGGUCUCAUCAUAGGUAUAAUCAUGUUGCUGGUGAGUUUCAACUUUUUCAAGUGUUGAUGCAAAGGUUCAUAGAGAAUGAGCCAUUUAACAGUGGACCAAGGAUUCAGAAUUAUGUAAAGAAUCGUUGUGUGAUUAGGAACCUCCUUCAUGUUCCAGCUAUAAAAGAUGAUAUUAAAGGGAGUGAGGAGGAUGCUAUUACAAGUGGAAAGUUGCAAGAUAUCAUCAAGGAAUCAAUGCGGAUGUUUUGGGAAUUUGUCCGAGCAGAUAAAGAUAAUGGGAAUGUGAUUUCUAAGCAUAUUGGUUUUAAUCUCAAAGACCCUGCAAUUUCAGGUCUUCUAGUGGACAUUAAAACACAACUACAAAAGAAGGAUAGAAAGCUGAAGGACAUAGUAAGAACCGGGAAUUGCAUAGUGAAGAAGUUCCAAAAGCACCAUGAGGAUCAACUUGAUCAUGAGCAAUUGGUUGCUCAAGUUGGAUUAAAAUUGAUUUCAAGAGUGGUAAACAUGUCACAAUUGAAAAAAGAUCAAGUACUAUGGUGUAGUGAAAAGUUGCAAAGAAUCAAAUUUUUGAGCAGGAAGGUUGUUCAUGUGGAACCUUCUUUUUUGCUUUUUCCAUGUUAAUUAAUUCAGCCAAUUUAGAGAUAUAGUUUUUUCCACUUCAAAUGAUAUAUACUAGCGUCUCAUAUUUAGUGUCUGACGUGACUCAGAUAAUCAGAACUCAGAUAUGAUUAUCUCAUCUCGAGGGAACUUAUGGAAGAAAAUAAUUAUAUCCCAGUGUAAAUAGAAAAUAAAGAUCUCAUAACAAUUCUCAGUUUUUGUAUAUAUGCAUAUAGAACUGUCGAAGCUCUUGCUCAUAAUUCGUAGUCAUCUAUUCUAAUUAAUGGCAUAAAUAGAAAAGGUUGUGUAAAAUCU